CAACAACAAAAAACAGAAAAAAAAUGAUUUCACGUCGCAAAAUUAUUUCACGUUCUUUGGAUAAUUUGGAUGCCAUAGGUCCAAACACAGAAGAGGAAGAGGACGUUUGGUAUGACAAAGAGAAACUAUUUAGGGAUCACAUCAAUGAAGUCUUGAGCAAAUGGGAACAAAUCGAUGAUGAGAUUUGGGCCAAAAUCAUUGUAUUCGAAAAGAAUCGUCGUGUGGCCAAGGCCUAUGCCAGAUCAUCGGUGAUUUCUAUAAAUGGUUCUAAACAAGGAUUCGACGGUGUCAGAAUUGGCUUGAAUGGUUUUGACAAUCCCAUGCGUGAUUCGGAAAUCAAGGUAAUUAAAAAAUCCAUUGGUGAUGGUUUCAAAAUCAAAAUGGAUGAAAUUGGAAAUGUGUUUAUCAAACGCUAUGGCAAGAGCGGGGUAUUUGUGCACAAUACAAGUCAAACAAAUGAGGAGACAGUGAUUGGGGCAGAUAUUUUACAAAUGCCCAAUAUGGCAUUGCAGGCUGGGACCUCAGCUAAGUUAUUCGAUAUGCGUAAAUUCACCACCAACAUAAAUCGUGAAAUGUGUCGUUCCUAUCCGGAAUGCUCGCGUUUGCAACGUCAAUGCCUAUCUGCCAUAUCAUUGGUUAAAAAUAACAAUAAUCUAAUCAAUUGUCCAUUAUGGAUACUGGUCAUUAACGUGGUUGCCGUAGAUAUGUUAAAGAAUCGCAUACAGAGCCUGCCCAAGGUUAUGGGUAGUGGCAGUGAAGAUCCCUAUUCGACAAUUGAAAGUCAAGUGGGUCUAAUAUAUCCAACACCUGCAGCCUCAGAUGAUUCGAAUACCUCAUCGAAUUCAUCGAGUAAGGGUAGACGCAGUCUAUACAAUAUUGGAAAUUAUUUGGAUGAUAGUCCCCUUGUGCCAAAGCCCGAUUAUGAAAUCUAUAAUCAAUCUGUGCCAAUGUUAGGCGUUAAGAGUAAGAAAUCAUCCAGCGCCUCGGCCACAACCCAGCAACGCAAGAAACAAGAUGAUCCCUAUUAUUGUGGUCUGCUGGCACGCAUUCCCAAUUUCAUUAAGACCUCAAAGAAUUCGAAUUCGAAUGGUAGCAGUACCAAUGCCAAGCUGAGUAAAAAAGAUGCCAAAAUUGCCCGAAAAAUAUCAGCUUCACAACAACAGCUGGCAAAUUUGCCACAGCCAGCACAGCCAAUGCCCAUAGCACAAUUCCAUCAGCAGUGUGUCGGUUAUAAUUAUUAUCCAUACAGGCUGUAUUGCCAAAAUCAUCGUUUGUCACAGUCCCAGCUGUCACUGUGGGACUCACGUAGUUUGAUAAGUGCGCAUGAAUAAACUAAAAUAGAAAAGGUCCUGCACAAACGAAG